CCGUUUUUCUUUCGAAUGGGCUGCUACUUGCCAUGGGGAUGCUUGUUCCUGGUCCUGUGCAUAGUGUACUCCAGGUUUCCGACUUCUUCAGGCUGCAUCAUGGAGGAAAGGGCGGCUCUCAUGGAUAUCAGCUCCUGGAUCAUGAGCACAAAGUCCGAGGUUCCCAGUUCGUGGGAACACGGUGAUGACUGCUGCUCCUGGGAAAGAAUCAUGUGUGACAAUAGCACACGGCGUAUAUUGCAUCUCGACCUUUCCCAAAUCUACCAGCCAAACGCUGCCUAUGGAAGUGAUGGUUCCACAUCAGUUGAAGUGGAUGCUCCAUGCUGGAAUCUGAACAUGACGAUCUUUUCUUCGUUUCGGGAGCUUCAGCUACUGGAUUUCUCUGGAAAUCACGCUUGUUUACAAAAUUUCAAUGGUCUUCAAGGAUUGAGGAAGCUCAAGUAUCUCAACCUCAGUGACAACACUUUCAUAGGGAGAAUCCCAGUAUCUAUCAGCAAACUAGUUUCUCUGGAGGUCAUAAAUCUCAGAGGAAAUAACAUGAGUGGGCCUCUUCAGAAUACAGGUUUUAAAAAUCUGCGGAACCUGCGAGAAUUGUAUUUGGGAUCCAAUCAGUUGAGUGGUAGCCUUCCAGCAUCCAUAUUUGCACUUCCAUGCCUUGAGUACCUGGAUCUUUCAGAAAACCUCUUUCUAGGACAUAUACCUAUAAACUCAUCUUGGAAGUGUCCCUCAAUGCUUCAAACUAUCUGGUUAUCUGAAAACAUGCUAAGCGGUAAAUUUGAUUUCUUCUGGCUCAGAAACUGUACCAAGCUCAGAGACAUAGAUCUGUCGAGGAAUACUGAUUUGGUUGUUAAAGUGAAACUUCAUGGUUGGGUACCUAAUUUUGAACUGGAAAGACUAAGGCUCUCUUGGUGUACCCUUGAUAAGAGCAUAAUUGCAGAGCCACAUUUCCUAGGCACACAACAUCAUCUCCAGGUUCUUGAUUUGUCUAACAGUAAUUUGCCCGGAAACAUGCCCAAUUGGUUGUUCACAAAUGAAGCGGCACUUGUUUACCUGGAUCUUUCAAAUAACUCUUUAGUUGGAUCAUUAGAUCUGAUUUUGCAACACAAAACUAAUCUUCAAAUGGUGAACGUAUCUCUGAACCAUAUUCAAGGACAGCUGCCAGCCAAUAUCAGUUCAAUGUUUCCCAAAUUGAGGAUUUUUGAUAUUUCUCAUAAUAUGAUAUCUGGAUUUGUGCCAUCUUCAUUGUGUAACAUUAGAAGCAUAGAAUUUAUGGAUCUAUCAAAUAACAUGUUCACAGGAGAAGUACCAUCUUGCUUGUUCAGUGAUUGUUCGGCAUUGAGAGUAUUGAAAGUCUCAAACAACAGUCUUGGGGGUAUGAUCCUGGACGGGGCUAGUAACUUGUCCUUUGUGCGGGAAAUAUACCUAGACAACAACCAAUUUCAUGGGACUCUCCCUAGAAAUCUGUCUGGUAAUGUAUAUAUCAUGGAUUUACAUAGUAACAAGAUGUCUGGGGAACUCGACACUUCGUUAUGGAAUCUCCCUUUACUAGAAGCUUUGAGCCUUGCCAGGAACGAUUUAACUGGUGACAUUGGUCCAGGAAUUUGCACAUUAACAAGUCUUUUGCUGUUAGAUCUGUCAGACAACUACUUUACAGGGCGUAUUUCAAAUUGCAAUGCUCCAUUACAUCUCGAGUUUCUGAGUGUAUCUAGGAAUUCACUGUCAGGCUUCCCAAGUGCCUUUUUCAACAGCUCCUACAUUACAGUUUUGGAUCUGAGUCAUAAUCAGUUUACAGGCACUAUUGAGUGGACACAAUAUCUUUAUCAAAUCAAGGUACUUUUGUUAAGCGGGAAUAAGUUUGAGGGGCAGAUCUCUUCAAAUCUGUGUCAUCUCCAACACUUGAGUAUAAUUGACAUCUCGCACAACAUAAUUUCGGGUCCCAUACCACCAUGCAUUGGUAUCAUUCCAUUUGAAGACCCUGAUGCUAACUUGUAUAAUUGGCCCACAACACCUGUUAAUUUCUUUGGGGGGUUUGAUGGCAUGGACUUCUCAUAUAGCAGUCACUAUGACCUCCAAGGAUUCACCUUCACAACAAAAGGCAAUCCAUACAUAUAUGGACGCAACUUCUUCAUUUUGAUGUCAGGCAUCGACUUAUCAGCGAAUAUGCUGUCAGGUGAGAUUCCACGGGAAAUAGGAAACUUGAGCCAUAUCAAGUCUCUCAAUUUGUCGAACAAUUUCUUUACUGGAUCGAUUCCUGCAACCUUUGCAAACUUGAGCCAGAUUGAAAGCUUAGACCUAUCAGAAAACAGGCUAAAUGGAUCUAUACCAUGGCAGUUAACUGGGCUAUCAUCAUUAGAGGUGUUCUCUGUAGCAUACAACAACUUAUCGGGAUGUCUACCAGACUCUGGCCAGUUUGGCGCAUUUGACGUGGACAGUUACAGAGGGAAUAACAACCUUAGAUCUUGCACUGCCAGUUCAGGUCCUGUGGUCCGGAAUGGUACCGUCAUACACGUGCCUGAUGAUCCUGACCCAAUUCCCUAUGUGGUCAGUGCCGUUUCAUUCGUCUUGGCAUUUUGGGCCACUGCCACAUUCGUAUUCUGCCAUUCUUUUGGGCAGCGUGUUAUUCUCAAACUGUAGGGCUGCCAGUAAUAGGAAUUUGCUGUCACUUUAUGCGUGUGUUUCUAAACUGUGCUAUCUUUUGUUGCUUUGGAGAGAGUGUAACUCUAAAGGAUUGUUCUUCUGUAAGGUGGGUAAAUCUCACUGGAAGCCAUAUGAAAAUAAACAUGAGAAGAAAUUGUGGUGCUGGGGAAGGUAAGAUACUGCUGAACUGUUCUGGUGGUACUGUGAAUUGGUUGGAU